CCCCCCCCCCCCCCCCCCCCCUGCAGGCCGGAGGUGACUCGCCAUGGUGACACUCAUCACGGAACAGCUUCAGAAGCAGAGUUUAGAUGAGCCCGCUUGCCGGGCUUUUUCCCUUAACCUGUCUGUGCCUGAAUCUCCCAACCCUGGAAUCUGGUCCACAUAUGGAUUGAUGCCAGAGAGCAGCUGGCAAGUGUGCCCCCCCUCCCAGCCCACCGUGCAGGACGUGCCGAGCCCCUCCUCCGGCCCGCCCCCCCCGGAGCCCCCCUGGGCCGGCCUCCCGCAGGGCGACGCGCUCCGCCGUCUCCUGGUCCCCAGCACGUCCGUGACAGACCUCUGCUUCGUGGGUGCACCCCCGCCGCCCCCGCCACCCCCGAAACGCCACUGCCGCUCGCUGUCAGUGCCUGAGGACCUGUCGCGAUGCCGUUCCGCCUGGCGUCCCAGCGCCUCCAAGGUGUGGACGCCGGUGAAGCGGCGCUGCCACAGCGGGGGCGGCGGCGGCGGGUCAUGCCCCCUGCGUGUGCCUGGCGCCCCCCUGGUCCCGUCACUGCGUUCCUCGUCCAGCCCCACCUUCUUCAGCCUGGCACUGUCGCCGGACUCGCCACUGCCCUGGAGCUUCCCCUGGGAUCCCGCCGCCUGCUGCUGCUGCUUGCCGUCGCCGCGGAGUCUGCCAGGCCCCCCACAGCGCCGCUUCUCCCUGUCCCCCGUGCACAUCCGGGAGGCAGCCGCACGCUUCCUGCCCCCACCCUACCCACCCACCGGCCCGCCCUACGCCGCUGCCGCACCCCCCUCGCCCUCCUCAGCCUGCAGCACGCCCUCGUCCUCCCGACGCCCCCUGCCUGCCCGACUGCCUCGUUGCCACUCGCAGCCAUGCGACCUCCGCAAGCCCGGCCUCAAGCGGCGGCACGACCCCGACACGCUGCCCUGCGCGCGGCCCGGCCUCGACUUCAGCAAGAUGACUCAGGUGAGCGCGACCUCCUGCCUUUCCUGUUUGGACCGGACCAUGUCUGGCUGCGGAGGGGUUGUCUACAUAAAUCCAGAGCCUGUCUUGGGCGACUUCAGGGGGUCAUUUUCACCAGCAGACGGCCUGGGCAGGACAAGCAUUGGGCCCCUCAGUGAAAGUGAGGAGGAGGAGGAGGAGGAGGAGGAGGAGGAAGGUCAAAGGAAGAUUGACAGCGAAGGAGGACAGCAUAGUGUCUUUGAGAGAGACUGUACAGAACUCGACUUGACCCUCAUAGAGGAGAAUUAAGAGUUAAGUGAUGGCAUCCAGUGCCCUAUGGGAGAGGCUCUCAGGAACACAGCUGCCCUCCCAGGGAACUCAGACUGGGCUCUAUAAUCACAAAACAGAUUAGGCUAAUAUAAGAUUAAUUAAUGCAGGUAGCCAUGGACACUGUCCUUCCAGCAAAAUACAUUCCAAAAUGUGAGGCCAGCUGCAGAAAGUCCCACUAAGCGCUAAUGAUCAGGAGGUCCGACAACAUCUGCCACUUCUCCCCGAGAGCGAGCCUGCUUUGGUCACUUGGCAAGACGCUCUUCAGCAGAACAAUGGUUACCCUGGCAGACUGGCGCGGUUUCCAUCAGCCAACCCCUGGCUUUUCAGCUCCUUUCAUCCACCUCUUUUUCUUUAAUGAAUUGACAGCUUUGUUUCUGGCAAAAACGCAGUACUACGAUGCACAUUUUCUGCUAUCUUACUACCUGAUGAAAUGAAUUUGAAUCAGCAUAAGCCUUAACACAAAAAAGCCAGAUUUUUUUUCCUUUUUAAACCAACAAAGGAGAAUGUGUAGCUGUUAUGAAAGUUUAAUUAUUUUUGCUCUUGUUUUACUUCUGUGAUGUUUAUUUCUGACGUCAACAAUUCAAAUUUUGACUCUGGAAAGGAUAAAAAAAAUGUAUGAUGAAUGCAGUGUUGUAAGCAAUGUUUAAACUGCAGUCAUUCUGUAGGGCACAAUUGUACAGUGAUCGUUAGUUUAAAAAAAACAAGUUUGUGUAUAAAGAGACCAGUUUAGGUUGUGGGCAGUAACCUGUCAGAGAGGAUUUGUAUUGUAUGUUACAAGAAGGCAAUUUCCUCUUAUACAGUUUGUGUACAAAUAAAGUUUAUUAGAGAUUAAUUUUACAAAAAACA